GUAAAUACGAUGGAUCACAUUCCAUAUUAAUAAUAUAUUCAUCUAACUUAAAUAGUGACUGGAUUAAUGCAACACAGCCGGUAUGUCUCUCGCAAAGAUGUCCUAUACUGCUUUAGGUUUUGCGAUCGUUGUAGGACUCGAAUUUGUACUCUGUCAGCUCUGUUCACGUCCAUCGACCACUAAAAUUGAAAACGGGGCCAUUAAACCGAAAUGUUCCAAGAAGGGCGGAUGUUCUUUACUGACCAUAAAAUGUUCCAGCUGCGCUAAACGGGUCGGGCCUGAGAAGAUAAAAUGCGUUGGUGGAGAAUGGGCCGCAAUGAACAGUAGCUGUAUCACUACUUCAUGUGGACCACUACAGUUAGCAGCGAAUAUAAUUGCUUCAAGUGAUAGCACACAUUGUGGCGCAGUAAUCAAGCUGAAAUGUGCUGACGGGUACGAGCCAUCCAAAAUUACUAAGAUGGUCUGUAAGUCAACAGGAAAAUGGAAAGGGAAACGGCUAAAAUGCACAAAAAUCAAUAACAGAUGUGCCGACCUCGCUGUUCCAAAAAACGCCAGGGUGUUAACAGGUCGUCUAGCAGACAAUAAUGUGGGGGAUUACACUGUCUUCGAAUGUAAGGAAAGCUACAAAGCUAUUGGCAGAAAGAAAAUCAGGUGUCUAAAAGGUGGUCGAUGGAGUGAUCCACUUGUAGAAUGCAAAGCCGGUGGCAAAUGCCCUGAUAUUUUCCCAGGUGAUACCCCGGGCUUACAAGUUCUGAUGGGCAAACCAAGUAAUAACGUUUAUGAGGACAAAGUUUCAUUCGCAUGCGAGCCUGGUUUUGUCCUGAUGGGUCAUCCUAGGAUCACGUGUAUGUUCGAAUCUGUAUGGACACAAACAACGCCUAUAUGUAUAAAAACGAGUUCUACGCAGUGUCCAAUGUUAAGUGUCCCCGAUAAUGGAUUCAUAACAAAUGGGAAAGUGUCAAACAAUACAAUUGGUGAUACAGUAACGUUUGCGUGUGACCCGGGGUAUACACUCGAUGGAACUCAUACAUUGACAUGUAUUAACCGAUACACUUAUGACCUUCCUGGGGAUGAUACAGAUGGAUUAGUAUGGGACAUCACCAUGCCCGUGUGUAGAUUGUCAGAUACAGGGGAUUGCCCUGACCUUGUCCUACCAAAAUAUGGAUAUUUGGUUGGCGCUGGACGCCUUACCGGAAACAAAGUGGGAGAUCGAAUCGUUGGUUCAUGCAGGAAGCCAUAUUUGAAACAAGGGAAGCGAGUACUUGAAUGCCUGCCAGAUGGAAAUUGGGACACAGCUAUGUUCAAGUGCUUUGAAAUUGAUGUUUCGUGUCCUACCGUUACUCUGGACACAAACAGCAAGUUAGUUGUCCUUCGUGGACAACUUUCCGGGAAUAUAUUCUACGAUCGAAUUAUCUUUGGCUGUCAGUCCGGCUACGCUAUUCUUGAGGAUAUAUAUUACAUGCUGUGUAACAGGACUGGUGGAUGGACUCAACAAAUUCCAGUUUGUACAGAAUCUGGUUGUAAGUCUUCAGAGACACUUCUGGAACAUGGUACAGUGAACGGCACUGUCGAAUCUGGUAGAUAUUCUAAUUGGGCAAAAUUAAGGUACGAGUGUGAUGAAUGUUAUCAACUCAUUGGAGCCGACAUUCGAACCUGUCAGAAUACAGGGGUGUGGUCCCCGUUGCACCCUCCUAGUUGCACAUUUCGCACUUGCAAUGGAAUCAGAUCUCUUCAACAUGGGUCAAUAUUUCCAAAUAAAGAGACAGUCGCAUGCGGAUCAUCGGUCACUAUACAGUGUAAUAGGGGGUAUGUGAUAAAAGGAGAGAACAGACGAUCAAAAGAGAUACACUGUGAGACUGAUGGAUGGAACCCUAGGGUGACGCCUAUAUGCAUGUUGAAUGCAACCUGUGAAGACCCACCCAAAGAAAUUACCAAUGGAAAUGUGUUUAUCACAAGCAGUGGUGGACCCCUUAGGAUAGGAGAGAACGUAACGUUCAUGUGCAAUGAAUGCUAUAAACUGGAGGGGAAUGAUAAAAUGACAUGUUUAGAGAGUCAGAAUUGGAGCAGUGAUGUACCUCGGUGUGUUCCAAGAACUUGUGAAGAUAUCAACAGCGACUGGAUAUCAGUGAUGCCAAAUAAUCCUUUAGUACAACAUGAGCCAAGUGAUACGUUAUAUAAACUUAUUACAAGUGACUACUCCUGCAAUUAUAAAAUAUCAUGCAUGGAACCAGUGUUCCCUAUGUGUGGUCUACCUUCUAUUAAACCUACUACAAGUGGUAGGAUUGUCAAAGGCGUUGAAGCAAACAGUCAUAGUUGGCCAUGGGCAGCAGCAUUGUUCUGGAAUUUUAGCCAGUUGUGUGGAGGUUCACUUAUACAUCCACAGUGGGUUCUUUCUGCCGCUCAUUGCGUUGUCAGCCCAAAGUUUAAUGGAAAUAGGUUUAUUGGUAUUCACAAUUUCACCGAUAUCCCAAAGUGGCAAAUCAAACUGGGAAAACACAAGCUGUCUAAAUUAGAACAAGGCGAAAUCACGACAGACGUUUCAAAAAUUGUUCUUCAUCCCGAGUAUGUACCAAGAAACUAUAGAUACGACUUUUCGUUAUUUAAAUUAGAGAAACCGGUAGCAUUUACCAGGAAUAUCAUACCAGUAUGUGUACCUUCAGUCAACUACUUUUCUGAAAUAAUUGAUGAUGCUCGAGAUGAGGAAACGGCGUGGGAAUUGCAAUCUUCAAAGGAUAUGAACUGUACAGCCAUUGGAUGGGGACUGGACGAAACAGGGAAUAAAAGCGAUGCUUUACUACAAGUGGCCCUGCCGAUCAUUCCCAAUAAAGUAUGCAAGUCCCUUAAGCAGCGGAGCCCAUUCCUUCAUGAGUCAGGAUUUUGCGCUGGUGGUACUCAGAAAGACACAUGCGGUGGUGAUUCUGGUGGAGCUUACAUGUGUAGGGUUGGCUCAAGGUGGAUGCUAGCGGGUCUCACGAGUCACGGCCCAACGAGAUGUGGAACUAAAGACGUACCUGGUGUAUACGCCAGGGUGACACCAAGUACUUAUAAGUGGAUCACAGACACCAUCGCGGCAGACAACAUGUAA